CUUUCCUUCCCGCUUUCCCCGGGAGAAACAUGGCCAGGAGCAGUGAGGAGGCGCCAGACUACGGGCGAGGGGUCGUGAUUAUGGAUGAUUGGCCAGGGUAUGACUUGAAUUUAUUCACAUACCCACAGCACUAUUAUGGAGAUUUGGAAUAUGUUCUCAUACCUCAUGGCAUCAUCGUGGACAGAAUUGAACGGCUGGCUAAGGAUAUUAUGAAAGACAUAGGAUACUGUGAUAUUAUGGUCCUGUGUGUACUUAAAGGAGGUUACAAAUUCUGUGCUGACCUUGUAGAGCACCUUAAGAACAUCAGCCGAACUUCAGAUAGAUUUGUCUCUAUGAAGGUUGAUUUCAUCAGACUAAAAAGUUAUAAGAAUGACCAGUCCAUGGAUGAGAUGCAGAUAAUUGGGGGCGAGGAUCUCUCCGCACUUACUGGAAAGAAUGUCCUUAUUGUUGAGGAUGUUGUUGGAACCGGAAGGACCAUGAAAGCUCUACUCAGCAGCAUUGAGAAAUACAAACCCAACAUGGUUAAGGUAGCCAGUUUGUUGGUGAAGAGAACAUCUAGAAGUGAUGGCUUUAAACCUGACUAUGCUGGAUUUGAGAUUCCAAACUUAUUUGUGGUGGGUUAUGCCUUAGAUUACAAUGAAUACUUCCGAGAUCUGAAUCACAUAUGCGUGAUCAGUGAACAAGGUAAAGAAAAAUAUCGAGUCUAAAGAAGUAAAUUCCCUCCAUCGAAUUUCCAGAUAACAUCAUUCUUAGGACCGCACUCGGGAAGCCAGCAUGUAAAGUUUAUCUCCCCAGCCAUGUUCACUCAGCAGGAUAUGUAGGGGGAAAAAAAAGUUUUAAUGAAAGAGCUUUCUUUUUGAGAUUAUCAUAUAAAGUGUACCAACCAUUCUUAAGGAAAAGAAAGCAAGGCUUUUAUUUGAUUUGUUCACAACCAAACCCUCCACCUUGUGACUCAUGAGUUCUCUCUCCCUUCACACUCCUAACUACACCUUCAUUUGUUUUGAUACAGUCAUUUUGCUUUCUUACUAUUCCCAGAAAUACUCCCACCUAGUAACUCAAAUAUUU